UAGAUCUCAGUCUCACUCUUCAACUUCACACUACUCAUUCCAAUACAAACAAAUAUCUAAUAUCUAUGGCGUUCAACAAGGCUAUCCUGGUGUUGUUAAUGUUGUCACUUGUGGCUGUAACAACUCAUGCUCGUGUGGACUUUGUGGGGCUUUUUGCUAAUGGUCAUUCUCCCUAUUGUCCACCACCUGGACCAACGAAAUGUAUAAGUUGUGAGUGUAACAAAGAUGCUGGGAAUUCGGUGUGUGUUCGUAGUGAUACGAGACAAGGAAAGUGCCCAUCAAACUGCAGUGAAGGUUGCCUCUGUGAUAGGUCUCUUUGCCCUCGUUGUUGGUGCUCGUAUAAGGUUGAGGAAUGCCCAAAAAGCUGCCCCCCACCCAGUAGUACCUCCACCGCCGAAGCUGCCUUUGAGAAUCUUCUCUCUUUCAAGACAGACUAAGUAGUUAACAGCUAGUACUGACUGAUGUUGUGCUUUUAUCUUAACUAGUAAUUUUAUCUCUGUAAAGUCUUUUUUUUUGGCAAGUUAG